GGAAUCUUUAAAUGAACACCGCAUGCGACGCACUGUCCGACUUGGUGUUCGUUUGCGGUCGCAAAUUCUUACUCCUCUGGCGGCGGCGGGGCAACGGAGAGGGCGAGGGAUAAGAGAGAGGCUUACGGCAGCAGCCAUGAAGCGAAGGGGGAAGGGCGAGAGGCCCAAAUCUGAUGCGUUCCCCGCUUCCCUCUCCAAGCGUCUUCGACGGCCGCCUCCGACCGAAGCGGCUGAGGGAGAGCCCGCCGAGGCAACUGCCGCCGCCUCGCCCUCCGUCGUCCUGGUCACCGGCCUCCCCGCUGACUGCACCGUGCUGGAACUGAAGUCCCGCCUGGAGAUGUACGGCCCCAUCUCCCGCACCCGCAUCGACGUCGACGGCCGCGGCUUCGUCACCUUCCGCUCCGACCACGCCGCUGAGGCCGCCAUCUCUGCCUCCCUCGACCCGGCCUUCGGUGUCACCGUCCGAUCCAAAAAGGUACUGGUAGUUCGGGCGAGUGAUCCGAUACCAGCAAAGAUGGGAGCAGGGAUUUCUUCCACCUCGAGGCUUCUUCGUGCAGAAAUACCCCUGAGCCGACAUGGUCCAAGUAAAGAGAAGCUCGAUGCAGGUGCGACUGCAGAGAGGAGCAAAAGCGGACCAGAGGUUUCCCAUGAUGGUCGGGAAAUCAUCGCUUACGAUGAUCUAUUUUGACAUCCACUUGGAUUAACCGUGUGAGGUGCCAUCUGAAUGUUAUGUUGUGAUGUAUCAAAUGACUGGCCGUAUGUUUGAGAUUAUUGGCCUAUUUAAUUUGGUCAUCAUCAAUAUCAUCAUGACCAGCACUAUCACCAACAUCACUUGGAACCUAUUUUAAAUGAUCCUUUUGUGUUUGCAGAUCA